AUGUUGCCAUUCCCUGACCCUCAAAACUUCAUGGAAAGGUCAAUUUCCCAAGUGGAGCUGAACCCUCCUCCUCCCAAACCGGAACAUUCCAACUUUUUCUUCCCCUUCUCACCCUCCAACGUAAACUCCGACGACCUUCACGAUAUGCUCUCCACCCACCCCAUCCUUCCCUUUGCCGCUUCCAUGGCCAGCAUCCCGCAACCACCCCCAUCCACUCUACCAUCCAACGUUAAUUCCAUUGCGACCACCACGCCGCCAAUGAGGAGCAGCACAGCGGUGAGGAAGGACAGGCACAACAAGAUCCUGACCGCGAUGGGGCCGAGGGACCGAAGGAUGAGACUCUCUCUCGAGGUGGCCCGCAAGUUCUUCGACCUCCAGGACAUGCUUGGCUUUGACAGGGCCAGCAAGACGGUUCAAUGGCUCCUAACCACGUCCAAAGCAGCUAUUGAAAAGCUAACUGUCGCCUCCCGACCUGGAGACCGCGCCUUCACUAAUGAAAGCCACAGGAAUAUUGAGUCGUCUACAUCGGAGUGCGAGGACGUCUCCACUGUCUCCGACCACAAGGGCAAGUCCCUGCACGUGGUCGCCACUUCUGGUACUGAAGCAAAGAGGCCCAGCGCGAAAAGGGCUAAGCAGCCAAGGAAAGCAGCAUUCCAUCCCAAUAUUGCACGAGAGAAUAGGACCAGGGCCAGGGCAAGGGCAAGGGAGAGGACAAGAGAGAAGAAAUGGAUGAGCAGUGCAAUGUCGAAGGAUGGAGGUAACCAGUGGGCAUCCUCGUCACUCCCCCUUGUCACUAUUGAGGAGGAAUCCGAUGGUCACGACCUGAAGUCAUCGUUGGACUUGGUGGCUGAAGUGGAAGAGAGAUGUUCUUCCAUGCCAAAUCAGCAUGACAAGCAUUCCAAGGAGAGAGCUCCUGAGGUCCCAUUGGAGGGUGGAUCGCUUCCAAUUUCUAUUUUGGACUAUGGCCACAACUUCAUGAGCAUCAACGACACCAUCAGCAUCUUCCAAGAGCAAUGGGACAUGGAGGGAACUCCGAGGCCAUGGGAGGCCUUUAACAACAGUUCCAUCGCCUGA